AUGCUAGUUCCGAGACUCUCUAGGGCAACAUAUACUGUGAGAAGAAUAAUGCAGCUAGCAGGACACGAAGCUGCGAAAAUAGCUUAUUUUGGACACUUCCACAGUGCUCUUAACUUUGGCAUUCUUUUUUGGGGGGACUCUCCUGAAUGUAUAAGAAUAUUCAGAAAGCAAAAAAACGCUAUAAGAGUGCUGUGUGGGGCAAAUGGACGACAAAGCUGUAGGGAACUGUUUCCUAAGGAAGGUAUACUUACCUUGACAGGUAUUUUCAUAAUGGCCUGCGUCAUUUAUGUGUAUGACCAUAAGGAGAUCCUUCGGAAGAACAGCUGUCACCACGAAUAUGAAACCCGUACUAGGAAUUAUUUCACAAUUCCAUAUCACAGAAAAACGUGUGCAGAGAUUGACCUAAAAAUAAACGACAAAGAACGGAACAAAGACAACGUGUUAUCCCUUUUAAGACAAUUAGAAGACAAGGGUGACAGAUUAUUCGCCGCAGAUGAAAACAUCAGAGGUAUUAUACUUACUGAUGGAGCAAAAGAUGAAGAUUUAGAAGAGGAGUUUGACAAGGUAGAAUUCUACCGAGAAGAGCUCAUAAGACAAAGAUCCAAAUAUGAAGUUAUGUUAAAGAAGAUACCUGAAGACCGAGCAGCAUCCCAGGAAUGGGGGAGUGAGAAACCCAAGAGGAAAUUUCGUCUUCCAAAAAUCGAACUAAAAAAAUUUGACGGAAAUGUCAAAAAUUGGAUAGGAUUCGGGGGACAGUUCCGAAAAAUCCAUGAAGACAAAGAAAUCGAUCUCGAAGACAAAUUCCAAUACCUACUGCAGGCAACAGAAGUAGAUUCAGGUGCAAAAGAACAAUUGAGGGCCAGUUUGAGCAGUUUACCUCAACCAAAAAAUGACUAUGAAAUUGUUGUGCCACAACUUGAAGAAUCUAAUCAGAAUGAAGAAAUAGAAGUAAAUAUGAUUGAAGAUCAAGCAGAUGUGGAUGAGAAGAUGCAAGCUGAGUUGAAAGCUAAAGCGGCAAAGGAACUGAAGAUGAGAUCACAAGUGAUCCAAAGAAAUUUUCCUCGACCCUAUGAUGUCAAUUUGUCAGUGUUAAGACCCCCCCAAGAAAUGUAUGGUUUAACUGAGAUGCAGAAAGCAGAAGAAUUAAUAAAAGUGGAGAUGACUACCAUGAUGAUAUAUGAUAAUUUGCAUAAUCCCCUAUUAGCAAAUGGUAAAAAGAAAAUUCCACAAAAAGAUCAUCUUUUGUUCUUAGAUUCACAUCAGUACGAACAUUUCAAGGAAGAAGACCUAGAAAACGCAAGGGUUAUGAUAAAAGGGGGUGUUUGGAGAAAUACUGAGGAUGAAAUCCUCAAAGCGGCAGUGAUGAAAUAUGGAAAAAACCAAUGGUCUCGUAUUGCAUCAUUGCUUCAUAGGAAGUCAGCAAAACAGUGCAAGGCUCGUUGGUUUGAAUGGUUGGAUCCUAGUAUAAAAAAAACGGAAUGGUCAAGAGUAGAAGAUGAAAAGCUACUACAUUUAGCAAAAUUGAUGCCUACUCAGUGGAGAACCAUUGCACCAAUUAUUGGACGAACUGCAGCACAAUGUCUUGAGAGAUAUGAAUAUCUUUUGGAGCAAGCUCAAAGAAAAGAAGAAGGUGAAUAUGCCAAUGAUGAUCCAAGGAAGCUCAAACCUGGUGAAACCACCUGAUCGUUAUGGUUAUCAAUAAUUUUGCGGGGGGAGAAUGUUGGAAAUGGAUUGAUUUUAUUGUUUCGAUUAUUACCUUUAAAAAAUAUGAUAUGUUUUUGUUACUAUAGAGAUGUUAUGUUAUAACGAUAUUGAAAAUAAAAUAAUUCUUG